AUGGUCAGUGGCAACAAAGAUCCAAGCGACCCCAUGAAAAUACCGCCGAAGAAUCGUGAAAAGAAGACCAACAAUUACAAACGGGCAAAUGUUGUGUCACGAGCAUGGUUCGUCUGGAUGAUGCCAACGUUUUGGCGCGGCUACAAAAGAGAACUCUACGAUUCCGAUCUCACAAAACCCAAAGAUAAUCACUUGUCGGAUAAACUCGGCGACCGUUUGGAAAAAAAAUGGUUGGAAGAAAUAGCUUUAGCGAACAAGCAGUGCCGGAAACCAUCGCUUCUCCGAGCGAUGACUAAGGCGUUCUGGUUAAGUUACGCUCCUUCCGGCAUCAUGUUUCUCAUCCAAGCACUCAUUCUCAAACCCUUCCAACCAGUCGCGCUGAGCAUGUUGUUGGCGUACUGGGAGCCGGGUUCAAACAUGUCCUAUGAGCAGGCGGUUUAUUGCGCGGCGACCGUUAUUCUUAUGUCAUUACUUAUAGCAUUUCUCAAUCACCACGGUACUUACUCUACCCAGCAGUUUGGCAUGAAAGUCCGUAUCGCUGCGUGUUCACUUAUUUAUAGAAAGGUGAUGCGUAUGAGCUCCGGUGCACUGGCUCAGACAACGGCGGGUCAAGUUGUAAACCUUUUGUCCAACGACGUCAACCGCUUUGACUAUGCAUUUAUCUACACACACUUCAUCUGGCUCUUGCCGUUACAAGUCAUCGUGGUGUGCUAUCUUAUCUACGUGAAGAUUGGCUAUGCAGCCAUCAUUGGCGUUGUCGGCAUAGUAUUGCAAACUAUUCCCGUGCAAUCUUACAUGAGCAAACUGGCAGCGCGAUUGAGAAUGAAAACUGCUUGUAGAACAGACGAGCGUGUGCGCAUUAUGGAUGAAAUAAUUAAUGGGAUGCAGGUCAUUAAAAUGUAUGCAUGGGAGAAACCAUUCGAAAAAGUAGUGGCAUUAGCUCGGAAAAACGAGAUCAAGUGCAUCACAUCUGCAUCGUAUCUUCGUGGAGUCUACCUCAGUUUUAUGGUGUUCACGGAACGUCUAACACUUUACAUUACAUUACUAUCUUACUCUUUAUUUGGCUAUCAAGUUACUGCUGACAUUGUAUUUCCACUGGCGCAAUUUUUCAAUACACUACAAGGAACUUUAUCAAUUAUUAUGUCAAACGCUGUGUCAUUUUUGGCGGAAGCGCUAAUAUCAGUGCAACGCCUCGAAGCUUUCAUGUUAUUUGAUGAACGUGAAGAUCUUCGAAGCGUUCCAGACGUAGAUAUUGCUAAACUGGUACAACGAGUCGAGAACAAGAAAAAUAAAAAUUUGAGUGAAAUAGAUCUUUGCCCCGAUAAAUUUAAAAAGAUCGAUGAAGAAGGCAUCUAUAAUCCAGGUUUCGAAUGCACCGAGAAAGGAUUAAUGAGUCAAGCGCUAGCCACAUUACCUGUGAGUCCAGACGUGGGUAUUCUUCUACAAAAUGUUAGUGCCAGUUGGACCGAGGGAGGACCAAUGACUUUACAUAAUAUAAACCUAACAAUACCUAAAGGAAAGCUUUGCGCCAUUAUAGGAUCCGUUGGCUCUGGAAAGAGCUCCAUACUUCAACUCCUUCUUAAUGAGCUACGUUCUACAAGGGGCCGUAUUUAUUUAUCAGGUCCAUUAUCAUAUGCAAGCCAAGAACCGUGGCUAUUUGUGGCCACUGUACGCCAAAACAUUUUGUUUGGCUUGCCAUAUAAUCCUAAAAAAUACAAAGAGGUUGUCAAAGUUUGUGCUUUGCAAAAAGAUUUCCAGCAAUUUCCACACGGUGACCAGACAUUGGUUGGCGAAAGAGGAGCUUCCCUUUCGGGUGGUCAACGAGCACGAAUUAAUCUUGCUAGAGCGGUCUAUAGACACGCCGAUAUAUAUCUUUUGGAUGAUCCACUGUCUGCAGUAGACGCACACGUGGGCAAGCAGCUAUUCAAUGAAUGUAUCAGCGGUUACCUUCGACACACUACACGAAUUCUCGUUACCCACCAACUGCAUUACCUCAGAGCUGCCGACUACAUUGUCAUCGUGAAUAACGGUUCUAUAGAAGCUAAAGGGAAGUACGACGAGCUGAUUACUUCAGGAAAGGAUUUCGCUAAGCUAUUGUUUUCAACUCAUGAUGAAAACGAUACUAGUAUCGCUGAUAAACCUUCUACUUUGGCUCGUCGCACGUCUGCAAGACUUUCAACAACUCGUCGCCCAUCAAUAGCGGAAUCAACCAUAGGUUUCGAGAUUCCCGCUCAGGAAAUGGAAGAAGAACAGCGGGAGUCGGGUUCCAUGGGAUGGCAUGUCUACGGGGCUUACUUACGCGCCGGUGGAAAGACUCCCAGACUAAUAUUUAUGUUCCUACUUUUGAUUAUUGGGCAGUUGUCCGCAACACUAUGCGAUUACUGGGUCACAUUCUGGACGAACGAAGUUACCCGGCUUAAAGAAAGGGAAACCAACAGUACUAUGAAAGACUAUGACCGUCUACCAGCGGCGACAAAUGGCACUUUCAGUAUUAUGAACUAUUUCUCUGGAAUCGAAAUACAAGCAGAUUUGAAUAUCCACGCAUACAUUGGACCACUAGACACGUCUCAGUACCUGUAUGUGUACUCAGCGUUAAUCCUUUGCUGUGUCUUCUUCAUUACGGCGCGUGCUUUCAUGUUCUUUAAAGUUUGCAUGACAGCAUCUCGCAAUCUUCACAACGAUAUGUUCCAUUCCAUGCUCCGUGGUGUCAUACGUUUCUUUGAUGCCAACUCUUCAGGACGAAUAUUAAAUCGUUUUUCAAAGGAUGUUGGUGCAUUAGAUGAACUAUUGCCGCGUUUCUUACUGGAAUGUAUUCAAAUCUAUCUGGUGAUGUUUAGUAUCUUAGCUCUUAAUGCGGCUGCUUUAGUUUGGACGCUUCUACCCACAACUAUUAUUUUACUUUUAUUCUACACAAUCCUACAAAUUUAUUUAAAAUCUGCUCAAUCCAUUAAACGAUUGGAAGGAACAACGCGAAGUCCAGUAUUUUCUCAUAUGUCUGCAACACUAAACGGUAUUAGCACUAUUCGGUCUGCUGGAGCACAGCAAAGAUUAAUCCAAGAAUUUGAUCGCUUCCAGGAUAUUCACACCUCAACAUGGAGCAGUUAUUUAGCUAGUGGAGUCACACUCGGUUUUUGGCUCGACUUCAUUUGCGUAUUGUACCUGACUAUUGUUAUUGUGGCGUUCCUUGUUAUUGAUGGCAAAACCAUUUUCUCUGGAAACGUGGGACUGGCCAUUUCACAAACACUCAUUCUGACUGGUAUGCUUCAAUUCGGUGUACGUCAGACCGCCGAGGUCAUUUCACAAAUGACCAGUGUUGAGCGAAUUCUGCAAUACACGCACAUUGAACGGGAACCACAAUGGGAAAAAGGAGCAAUGGAAACUCCAAAGGAUUGGCCGUGGCAAGGGCGCGUCGAAUUCCGUAAUUGUUUCAUGAAAUACACACCCGAGGACUUGCCUGUUCUCAAAAACCUUAACUUAGUCAUUGAAAGCGGCUGGAAGGUGGGUAUAGUGGGACGGACAGGCGCUGGCAAGUCAUCUCUAAUAUCAUCCCUAUUCCGACUUGCAAUUGUUGAAGGUGAAAUUCUUAUAGACGGCGUUGACACAUCUCAACUCUCGUUACAGGAAUUACGGUCAAAAAUAUCUAUAAUACCACAAGAACCGGUGCUUUUCUCAGCAACAGUACGAUAUAAUUUGGAUCCGUUUAACAAUUAUGAUGACGAACAAUUGUGGAAAGCUCUAGAAGCUGUCGACUUGAAAGCAGCAAUCUCAGCGCUAGAUUUCAAAGUAUCUGAAGGUGGAUCUAACUUCUCCUUAGGACAACGGCAGUUAGUGUGCCUUGCACGUGCCAUUUUACGUGGAAAUCGUAUUCUCGUGCUUGACGAAGCCACUGCAAACGUAGAUCCCAAAACGGAUGAAUUUAUUCAAAAGACUAUCAGGAAAAAAUUCGCCGACUGCACAGUGUUGACCGUUGCGCAUCGUCUAAAUACAAUAAUGGAUUCAGACAGAGUUAUGGUAAUGGAUGCCGGACGAUUGGUAGAAUUUGAUCAUCCAUACCAUUUACUUAAAAAUCCCGAGGGAUACUUUACGAAGAUGGUGAAAGAAACAAACGAAAAAAUGUCUGCACAGCUUUAUCAAAUUGCAAAGAAUACUUUCUUGGACAGUGGUGGAGUAAUAGAAUAA